AUGUAUCGAAAUGUGGCUGGCAUGGUUUUUGCCCUUGAUGAAAUUAACCAAAAUCCAGAAAUAUUACCUAAUCUCACUCUAGGCUUCAGAAUUUAUGACUCCUGCUAUUCUGACAACAGGCUAUUGAGAGAAAACGGAGAUGACGUCCAGGUGACUCGCACAGAGUUCAACCAGGUAGUUUUGAUGUUAACGCAACUCACCAACCUCGUAAAAGAAAACAACGGCAGCAGUAUCCCUCUACCUGGGAACCAACAACACGCUAUUGAAGCUAAGAGGAAAUCUCCACCGACUGGUGCAAAUGGAACUAACAGUGGUUUACACUCCUUAAUUCUGACUAAUCCCAGCACACAGAGGGUACCUAAUAAUGAGCACAGUGAAGGCAAGGCUCGUUCGAAGACCAGCAGACCUGAGAAACAGCCCAAGGACUUCAAUUUCACCACCUGGGCAGGUCGGCAAUUUACAUUCAACCAAGGUACUGUGUCCUCUAAUAACUACAACACCAUAGAGAAUGAUUUUGGUGAACUAAAAGACAAACUCUACGCUUAUAAAAGCAAUCAACUCGAGAUUGAGUACUUAAGGGAGUGUGUUAAUGUGAAACGCAUACCGAAGGGUUUGCGUUUUUAUAAGUUCCCUAAUAAUGUUCAACCGCGGACUUUAUAUUACAAAAAACUGUGUGAAAUUUUUGACAGAGCUGGACUGGAGGUUUUAAAUGUGAUGAUUUCAGAGUAUGAGGCGAAGGCUGAUACUCUUAUAAAUGAGUUAAAUGUUUUAAACAACUCCCUUGUUACUGACAAUAACUUUUUAACUGUGAAGUUUGAUUAUGACAAUGUUUUUAACAAAGUCGAUCAAUUCUGUACAAAAAUACUUAACCGAAGAUCUUGUUCAUACCAUCCUGUCCUUUAUUCCUUGUCUGCUCAUUUUAAGAUUUUAUGGGUUUUUGGGAUUAGCCCUGGAGCUGAGCACAAUGUCUUAAGUGAUAAAACCCUUUUUCCUUCCUUUCUCCGUACUGUAACUGGUGACAAGUUCCAGACAUACAUUCUUGCCCAAUUACUUAAGCACUUUGGCUGGACGUGGGUAGGAAUCCUUGCAUCUGACAAUGAUGUUGGUGAAAUUGGUAGUCAAGAUCUGAAAAGGGAAAUUCAGAAGACUGGAACAUGUAUUGCAUUUUUAGAAAAAAUUCACAUAAAUUACUCCAGAGAAACAUUUACUAAAAUAAUAAGGAGUAUAGAGAAAUCAUUUGUUAAUGUUGUCCUUGUUUACAGUGAUGAAGUGCAUGUAAAACCCUUACUUGAAGCUCUUUAUUAUCAUAAUGUAACUGGGAUGGUUUUAAUAUUGACAGCAUCAUGUGCCAUUACACCAGGAUGGUUUACAAAGGAGUCCUGGAAUUUAUUAAAUGGUACCAUUGGCUUGAUUCUUUAUACUGGUGACAUGCCGGGAUUCAGGGAAUACCUUUAUAGUCUACAUCCUUCCACAUCUAAAAAUGAUAUUUUCAUUAAAAAGUUCUGGACUGAGGCAUUUAACUGCCUCUGGACAGUUAAUGAUAGCUCUGAGUCAAUGCAUCCUGGCAACACUGAUCAGUAUUUACUGUGUGAUGAAGUGAAACUGAAUGAAGAUCGAAUGCUUGUGUUUCAGCUGAACGAUUUGAGCUACACCUAUCACGUUUACCUUGCAGUAUAUGCAUUUGCACAUGGUUUACAUGAUCUACUUUCAUUUAGAUGCAGUUAUAAAGCAUUAUUUAAUUAUAGUUGUUCAAACACUGAUGAUAUUCAGCCAUGGCAGGUACACCAUUUUGUGAAAAAUAUCCAUUUUUAUACCAGAGCAGGUGAUGAGAUAUUUUUUGAUAUGAAUGGUGAUGCAGUACCCAUGUAUAAUAUCAUUAAUGUGCAGAUAUUUCCAGAUGGGUCCUACAUGUUUGCAAAAGUUGGAAAAAUUGACUCUCGGGCACCUGAAGGUGAACAAAUUAAAAUCAAUCUGAGUGCCAUAUUGUGGCAUGAAAAAUACAUACAGAUUCCAAGGUCUGUUUGUAGUGAAAGCUGUCUUCCUGGAUUCAGAAAAGUGGUACGGCAGGGACAGCCUGUUUGUUGCUUUGACUGCAUUCCAUGUGCUAUUGGAGAAUUUUCAAAUGAAACAGAUACACUCGAUUGCCUUCUCUGCCUUGAUGAUCAGUGGCCUAAUGAAAGAAGUGAUGGUUGUUCUUUAAAAAUUGUUGAAUUCCUGAGAUACGAAGAGCCUAUGGGGACAGCACUAACUGUGGCCGCUGUCUUGCUGUGUCUCACCAGUGUUUCCAUCUUGUGCAUUUUUGUGAGAUAUCGAGAGACUCCUAUAGUCAAGGCCAACAACCGUGAACUCAGUUAUAUCCUCCUGUUAUCACUAAUGUUGUGUUUUCUCUGUUCCUUGUUGUUUAUUGGGCAGCCAGUUAAAGUGACAUGCAUAUUGCGUCAGACUGUUUUUGGAACGGUAUUUUCAAUCAGUGUGUCUUCUCUUUUAUCUAAAACUAUCACUGUGGCCAUAGCCUUUAAAGCUACAAAUCCUAAUAGCAAAUUACAGAAAUGGGUGGGAUCAAGGAUACCAUAUUUUAUUGUAUUUCUGUGCUCCUCUGUGCAAGUUAUAAUAUGCACUGUUUGGUUGUUAACAUAUUCUCCAUUCCCAGAAGUCAAUAUGAAAACUAAAAGUAAGAAUAUAAUAUUUGAAUGUAACGAAGGACAAAAAGUAUAUUUUUACUGUAUGCUAGGCUACUUGGGACUUUUGGCAUCACUGUCUUUUAUUGUAGCAUUUCUAGUGAGGCAGCUACCUGAUACCUUUAAUGAGGCUAAGUACAUCACUUUCAGCAUGCUAGUUUUUGUUAGUGUGUGGCUUUCAUUCAUCCCAGCAUAUUUGAGUACAAAGGGAAAAUACAUGGUUGCUGUGGAGAUAUUUGCCAUUUUAUCUUCCAGUGCUGGGCUUCUCAGUUGCAUCUUUUGUUAUAAAUGCUAUAUAAUUUUGAUAAGGCCUGAUCAGAAUAUGAAGCAACAUGUAGCAGGAAAGGGGACAUUUAGAAAUAGGACAUGA